AUGCGUCUCCUUCACGCCUUCUUUAUAGCGCUGGGCGUCAGUCUGUUGUCCGUUGCAUUUGCAUCGCCCGUUGUAUCUCCCACCGACACUCAAAUGUAUUCCGGAAAUGAGUCGCCUCAUCGUCAAGGGAAAGGGCCUCGCAUCCCACCCAAACAAUCCAAAGACAUCGACGUCUGGUUCGUCCCUGGUAUCACGUUUGGCCAUAGGGAUGCUGCUGUUCAUAGGGAUCCCAUGACUGCUAGGCAUAUGCAGGGCCAGGUUGAAGGCUUUUUGUGGCAUAAAUUUGGGAAAGCUGUCUCUUGGCAAAAUGCAUAUUCGACGGAAUUGAAGCUGGACCAUGUUCGAUUCCGAAUGAAGCAUGAUGCUGGGUACUCGACGGGAUAUGCUAUUGGGAUUGUGGAUAUGGGUUCAGGCCCAGGUACCGCUACUACUGAUCCUUUCCAUGGUGUAUAUGAGUCCGUGCCUACCGAGACGGGUGGAGACUUCGAAAAGUUGCUGGAGACCUUCCGGAAAGAGUAUCCUGCUGCUACAGCGGCUAAUGGAGUUUAG